CAGGCGGGCCGGGCGCGCGUCCGCGGCGCCGUGACUCGGCGGCUCCGCAGCGGCUGCAGCGGGAGGACCCGGCCGGAGCCGCCGCCGCCGCCGCCAUCGCAGCCGGGCGGCUGGGCCCCCGCCGCCGGGAUGCCGAGGAGCCGGGGCGGCCGCGCUGCGCCGGGCCAGGCCGCGCGCUGGAGCGCCUGGCGGGCCCCGGGGCGGCUGCUGCCGCUGCUGCCCGCGCUCUGCUGCCUCGCGGCGGCGGCGGGGGCCGGGAAGCCGGCCGGAGCGGACGCGCCCUUCGCCGGGCAGCACUGGUUAAAAUCCUAUGGCUAUCUGCUUCCCUAUGAGUCACGGGCAUCUGCGUUGCAUUCCGGGAAGGCCCUGCAGUCAGCAGUGUCCACUAUGCAGCAGUUUUACGGGAUCCCAGUCACCGGUGUGUUGGAUCAGACAACAAUCGAGUGGAUGAAGAAGCCCCGAUGCGGUGUCCCUGACCAUCCCCACUUGAGCAGGAGGCGGAGAAACAAGCGCUAUGCCCUGACUGGACAGAAGUGGAGGCAGAAGCACAUCACCUACAGCAUUCACAACUAUACCCCAAAGGUGGGUGAGCUGGACACUCGGAAAGCUAUUCGUCAGGCUUUCGAUGUGUGGCAGAAGGUGACCCCUCUGACUUUUGAAGAGGUGCCAUACCAUGAGAUCAAAAGUGACCGGAAGGAGGCAGACAUCAUGAUCUUCUUUGCUUCUGGUUUCCAUGGUGACAGCUCCCCAUUUGAUGGGGAAGGGGGCUUCCUUGCCCACGCCUACUUUCCUGGCCCAGGGAUUGGAGGAGACACUCACUUCGAUUCAGAUGAGCCCUGGACACUAGGAAAUGCCAACCAUGAUGGCAAUGACCUCUUCCUGGUGGCUGUACAUGAACUGGGCCAUGCACUGGGACUGGAGCACUCUAAUGACCCCAGUGCCAUCAUGGCACCCUUCUACCAAUACAUGGAGACGCACAACUUCAAACUUCCCCAGGAUGACCUCCAGGGUAUCCAGAAGAUUUACGGACCCCCAGCUGAACCCCUGGAGCCCACAAGGCCCCUUCCUACACUCCCGGUCCGCAGGAUCCACUCACCAUCUGAGAGGAAACAUGAGCGGCAGCCCAGGCCCCCUCGGCCACCUCUGGGGGACCGACCGUCCACUCCAGGUGCCAAGCCCAACAUCUGUGACGGCAACUUCAACACAGUGGCCCUCUUCCGGGGCGAGAUGUUUGUGUUCAAGGAUCGCUGGUUCUGGCGCCUGCGCAAUAACCGGGUUCAGGAGGGCUACCCCAUGCAGAUUGAGCAGUUCUGGAAGGGCCUGCCCGCCCGCAUAGACGCCGCCUAUGAAAGGGCGGAUGGAAGAUUUGUCUUCUUCAAAGGUGACAAGUACUGGGUGUUCAAAGAAGUGACAGUGGAGCCUGGGUACCCCCACAGCUUGGGAGAGUUGGGCAGCUGCCUGCCCCGGGAAGGAAUCGACACAGCUCUGCGCUGGGAACCUGUGGGCAAAACCUACUUUUUCAAAGGCGAGCGGUACUGGCGCUACAGCGAGGAACGGCGAGCCACAGACCCUGGCUACCCCAAGCCCAUCACGGUGUGGAAGGGCAUCCCGCAGGCUCCACAAGGGGCCUUCAUCAGCAAGGAAGGAUACUACACCUACUUCUACAAAGGUCGGGACUACUGGAAGUUUGACAACCAGAAACUGAGUGUGGAGCCGGGCUACCCACGCAACAUCCUGCGUGACUGGAUGGGCUGCAAGCAGAAGGAGGUAGAGCGGCGUAAGGAGCGGAGGCUGCCCCAGGAUGAUGUGGACAUCAUGGUGACCAUCGACGACGCGCCAGGCUCCGUGAAUGCCGUGGCUGUGGUUGUCCCCUGCACCCUGUCCCUCUGCCUCCUGGUGCUGCUCUACACUAUCUUCCAGUUCAAGAACAAGGCGGGUCCUCAGCCCGUCACCUACUAUAAGCGGCCAGUCCAGGAGUGGGUAUGAGCAGCCCAGAGCCCUCUCUGUCUACCCAGUCUGGCCAGCCAGGCCCUUCCUCACCAGGGCCUGAGGGGCAGCUCUAGCCACUGCCCACCGGGGCCAGCAGGGCCCUAGGCCAGGUUCAUGUGUAGCUGAAGUGGUGGGUGCAUUGGCCUAGGAUGAGUGUGGGGCAGGGAGUGGUGGUGGUUGUGCCCCAGGUUGGGUAGCUGACACCCAGUUGCCAGCCUGCUGGCCUGGGUAGAUCACUCUCUACUCAAAGGAAUAGGCCAGGCCCUGUCAGGAGGCAAGGAUCAUGCCAGGAGGUGCCCCUGAGGUCACUACAUCCUAUGGUGUCUGCAAGGUACUGAAGCUCCAAGCCUGGCUGGGACCCAGCCCUCUGAGGCAAGCCAGCACUAGCUCUCACCCCACCCUCUUCCCCAAGAUGCCACCAAUCCCAGUCUCCUCUACCAACACCUGCUGGUCAGAUGUCUCCUCACCCCUACCCAACUAUCCUCCAAGGCUGCAGUGCCCCUGCUGCCAACACAGUGGGCAAAAGCCUGGGUUUCCCCUGCUAGCCAAGAGCAGAUUCCUCAGGAAACCUGCCCCACUUGUCAGGUCUCCCCUGAGACCCAGGAUUUAGGGUCACAUGCUGCAGGCAAGGCUGUGGCCCAGCUGGGUCUCACAAGGCCCCAGCUGUCAUGUCGUGAAUAUUUAAAUGUCCUGUCACUACUGUUUAAAAGUCCCAUUUUGCAAAGGCUACUUGAGGCUUUAGGUCAAUUAGAGGUGACUGUCUUGGUGAUGAGGCCAGUGUGAUGGCCUUAAGAGGCUGAGGGUUACACUCCUCUUCCCGGCAUUAAGGACCACGUGCUGCCAAGGUCGCUCUAGGAUCCUGAUACUAGCAGGGGCCUGUUCAGGAGGCUCAGCAGCUGGAGCAGGACUGAUCCUGGUUCUGGAGGCAGAUCCAAGUUUGUAACCAUCCUCUACUCCCUUUUCACUACUGUCCCAGCCCUGCCCCAGCCUGUCUUUCAUGGCAUGGGGGCUCAAUCUGACUAGUUAGGUGAAGCAGCAAUGGCUCCAGCUGAGCCACCAUUGUCAUAGCCUCAGAGUAAAGGACCAGGGCAGCCUUUUAAGUCCUCUGUCCACAUCCCCAGUGACCCUGAGGCAACUCAAUCUCUCAGCCUGGAGAUGGUGUUUGUGCUCCAGUCUUGACCCUGGCAGCCCAGCUCACUGGGCCCAUCUUCGUGCACUGCUCUUAGGAAAUGGGCACCCCUAGCGGGUAGCAGCCCCAUGCUUGGGGCUUCCCCUCACUCCCUACCCCACCCUGCUUUUCUGUUCUUUCUUUAACCCGAGGCCCUUCUUCACACCUGACAGGAGUUCCUAGGCUCGACUUGCUCCAGUCUGGCAGCCCAUGCUUGUCAUGACCAAUGGGUGCAGUAAUGCUCGCUGGCUCGCUGCCAAAGUCCAAAAAUGAUAAGAGGCAGCUUUCAGGGUGCUUAGGAGGUCGCCAACCCUGCCCUCUGAGCCUGCAUGGGCCUUGCCCUGCCCUGUGGCUCUGGCACUUCGGUCAGCUUACCCUGUAGCACAGACAGGGACUCCUGCUGCCCUGGGAGCUGUUGAGUAAAAACUCUCGUCCCAGAAGCAUCUAUCUAUAUGGGUCCACUGUGUCCCGUCAUCAUCAUCAUCCUGUCUUCUCUCAUUUCAGCCAAGGGCAGGCUCCCUGGGGCAGGCGGGGAACAACUGCAGAGAUUUAGUGAUUCAUAGGUUUGUACAGUGUUUUAUACUUUGCGAAGCACUUUAUUAGCUCACGUCUGUCCACUCACAUGAAGGCCCUAAGAGGCUGAGGGUUACACUCCUCUUGCCCUCAGAUGAAGCACAGGGAGGUCUUGUUGUCUGCCCCUGCCAUCCAGUGGCCCUGGCUGGGUCUAUGUUCCCGUCUGUGGGCCCUUCUAGGGUCUAAGAUAACAUCUUUUCUAUUCCUAUCUUCUGGGCCUCCCUCUCCUCAGGUUGGUGCUCUCACUUCUGGAAAGCUGUAGGCCCCGCAGGCUCCCUGUUGGCUCCUGGUACUCCAAGACCAGUUGAGAAAGAGCAGGAGAUGGAGGCAGGCAGCCCAGGCUGCAAAUGUGAGGGACGCAGGGCUGGGCCCAGAGGGCUCAGCCUAGAGGCUUCCAAUCUUGGAUUCUUCUGCCUGCAAUCAUCUGUUUGUCCAUCACCCCAGGAUAGAGCAGUCAGAGGGGCAAAGCACCGGGGGCCACCAGAGCUCAGCUUCCCCUCAGCCUGGGUGACAACACAGCAUUUCAGUGUCGGUCACAUUUUAAACUGAUCAGCCUUUGUAUAAUGUUUUUUAAAUCAUUUCUAAAUAAAACAGAAAUACAGUGUCUUU